GUUGUUUAUCGAACAGAGCAGCCUAAGGAUUCAGUAGAAAGAGAAGCUGGGCUCUGCCUACUGCAUUGCUUUCAAAUACAUGCAGGAAUCAUUUCAGUUUUCAAAAUUCCUUAUAACUGUUACUGAAGACUGCUUAUUAAAAGAAAAUGGAUUGGAUUGGAGCAAUUUUAACUUUAUUACUAUUUAUUUUUGCAAUUAUGUUCCUUUUGAAAAAGAACAGGAAUAACAGCUCCCACAAUCUCCCUCCAGGACCCAGGACUAUACCUAUUUUGGGAAAUCUGCACAUGAUGGAUCUGAAGAGGCCUCACCAAACAAUGAUAGAGUGGUCAAAAGUAUAUGGUCCCAUUUUUCGCAUCAAACUGGGAUUCCAAGAAAUGGUGGUGCUGACUGGCUAUGAGACAGUGAAAGAAGCUCUAGUGAACCAGGCUGAUGCAUUUGCAGAUAGGCCUAUCGUCCCCAUUUUUGAAGACACAGUGAAAGGAUAUGGUCUUGCUUCUGCUAGUGGUGAGAACUGGAAAAUGAUGCGGCGGUUUACAUUAACCACACUACGGGAUUAUGGAAUGGGCAAGAGAACCAUUGAAGACAAAAUCACAGAAGAAUGCAGUUUCUUAACAAAGACAAUGGAGACUUAUGCAGGAAAACCCUUUGACGUCACAACUAUUCUGAGUGCUGCUGUUUCCAACAUCAUAGUUUGUAUUCUACUUGGGAAACGUUUUGAAUACGAAGAUGCCACAUUUUUGCGACUACUGAAGAUAACAAAGGAAACUGUUCAGCUUUCGGGAAGCCCUUCUGUGAUGCUAUACAAUUCGUUCCCCAAGUUAGGGUUCCUUUUGGGUGCUUAUAAAAAAAUAAUGAAAAAUGAAAAAGAGCUCCAUGAAUUCAUAAAGACUACCUUCAUAGAAUAUCUCCGAGAUCUUGAUGAAAAUGACCAGAAAAAUUUUAUUGAAUCAUUUCUUGUUCGGCAAAAACAGGAGAAUAUGAAGAUGACACAUGGUGGAUAUUUCCAUAAUGAAAAUCUUAUAGGUCUUGUAGAUGAUUUAUUUGUUGCUGGUACAGACACAACGGCAAACACUCUGCGCUGGGCGAUACUCCUAAUGAUGAAGUACCCAGAAAUUCAGAGAAAGGUUCAAGAAGAAAUUGCAAAAGAGAUUGGUGAUAUCCAGCCAAGGACAGACCACCGAGCCAAAAUGCCUUACACUGAUGCUGUAAUUCAUGAAAUUCAAAGGUUUGCUGAUAUUGUUCCAUCCAAUUUGCCACAUUCAACCUCCAUGGAUACAACUUUUAAAGGCUUCUUCAUCCCCAAGGGCAGCUAUGUCAUUCCCUUGCUGAGCUCUGUGCUCCAUGAUGAAUCCCAGUGGGAGAAACCAUAUGGAUUCUACCCUGAACAUUUUCUUGACUCUGAAGGAAAAUUUCUGAAGAGGGAUGCAUUCAUGCCAUUUUCUGCAGGUCGAAGAAUGUGUGCAGGUGAGACCCUUGCCAAAAUGGAGCUCUUCCUCUUCUUCACCAGCCUCUUGCAGAAAUUUACCUUCCAGCCACCCCCAGGAACAUUUAAAGAUGAUCUGGACCUGACUCCAGUUGUUGGAUUUACCUCCACUCCCAUGCCGUACAAGACCUGUGCUGUGUUACGCUGAUAUGACAAUAUAUACAUUAUUUAUAUUACAAUAUAUGUAUCAGUUAUAAAAUGUACCUAUAUAUCUAUAUCUAGCUAGCUACAUCUAUCAUGUAACAUCUAUCCACCUAUAUUCAUCUAUCCAUCUAUCAUGUAACAUCUAUCCACCUAUAUUCACCUAUUCAUCCAUCGAUCCAUCGAUCCAUCGAUCCAUCCAUCUAUCAUCUAUAUGUCUUCAGUUUGACAGAGGCAAAAUUUAACAAUAGAAUUCAGUACUGUAUACAUUUCAUGUGUUAUUUAGAAGAUAAAUGGAAAUGAUCUAUAAUCUCAUGAAAUGUAAAUCCUGAUAGGGAAGAAUAGUAGGGAAAUCAUGAAAAACAAAGUGUUUUUUUUUUAAUUUAAGACAUUUAUUUCUUAU